GCAGCGCCUCUAGCGGUUACCGGAUGUCUCUCAGGUCAUCCAAAUCCAGUUCUACCUUUCUGCUCAUCUGUACUGCUCCAUGAUAUCAACCCCACGUUACUCUGUCCACACCUGCUGCGCCCUCUGUUUUCGAUUCGUGUUUCGACGCCGAAGAGAACGGUCACUGGCCGUUAUUGAUCCGGGGUCAACUUGGAUUAUUGGUCUGUUUGUUUUGUACUCUAGACGUGCAAGUAGGCUCGGACGGAAUACCCAAGGGCAAGUCGAGGGAAGAUGCUGACUCGACGUAAACAUGCAUUGAUGCUCUUAGAAUCCCCGAAGGACCCAAUCGAGGAAAUGACGCUCCUGUCUCUGCACGACGGGGCGCUGCUGGAGGUGCUGUCCCGCCUGUCGGGCGCGGACCUGUGCGCCGCGGGCCUGGCCAGCCCCCGGCUGCGCGCGCUCACCAGGACCCACACGUCGCUGUGGCGGGGCAAGAGGUACUCGGGUGCCGACUCGCACGUCAAGGACGUCGACGGCCUCGUGGACCUGUUGCGGGUCGCCCCGCGCGUCACCCGACUGCAGUUUGAAAUACGCGACGACGAGUACGCAGCACAUUUCGACAACUUGGCCAGGCAGUCGAGGUCGCUGACGGUGGCGUGCCCCAGCGCAGAGUGCUGCGCCACGCUCAUCGAGGAGGUCGGGACCCGGCUCAAGCGUCUGACCAUCCACUCCGGCCUGAGGUGCGGGCUGGGGUCGAUCCUGUCCAGCCUGAGGCACACCCCCUCCCUCGUGGAACUGGCGGUGUACAUGGACUCCUACUUGGAGAGAUGCGACUUCAGAUGGCCGCAGUCACUGGUGCUGUCCCAACUCCGCAACGUGGUGUUGAGAUUUGGAGUGGACGAAUUCGCCGAUCUAGGCAUUCUGUACUUUAUUGUCGAGCCUCACCCCACCCUGCUCGAGGCAUUACGCUCGCUUCUGCUGGCACACAGGCGACAGCUGCUCCACGUCCAGCUGUUCACGUCGCAUCUGCUGCCUCUUCUCGACUCCUGCCCCAGUCGACUCGAACGACUGACCGUGCUCGUGGACUUGGCUGGCGGCGGGGCCGAGGGCGCCGCGGGACUGCGGCGAAUGCGUGGGCUCAAGCACCUCGCCGUCAUGCUGACCGACGACGACCCGGCUAUACUGGAGGAAACGUUGAGGUACUGUCGGUGCGCGCUGGAAGGGCUCAGCGUUGCGGGCUGCAAUGACGAGAUGCUGCGAGCCUUGGGGAGGAUGGGACUCGCCAGCGUGAAGCAUCUCGAACUGCUCACCGGCCUCUUUCAGGAGCCGUGGGGCGUUGAGUCGCUGGACGUGGCGCUGGCCGGCCUGCCGAACCUCGUCUACCUCACUGUCGUCCGCCUGCUGAACGUGCGGCCGUUCGAGUUGCUCCGCCACCUCUCCGCCGCCUCCAUCCCGAAUCUCUGCCUCAUCGUCUUUCCAGACAAUUUCAACGCCGCCGCGUCUUACUCACCGACCGACUACCCUGGUUUUGGAGACUGCCACGACUUGGUGCGCCGCGCCCCAAAGCAGCUUCACGUGGCCGUCAAACUGGAGGGCGACAGGCGCAUCCUGUUCUUCAGGCACUCCGUCGCCAAGUCUGCUGUCGCGGUGUGUCAAGUGUGCGCCGAAACCGAAGAUGAUGAGAUUGAUGGGAAAGUAUUCAUUGACCAGUAUGUCCAGGUUCAGUGAAUAAAUCUGUGUUCUCAGCAAGAAUA